UUUCAAAAAUCGGUUAAUCGUUCUGGAAUCGCCCGAUUCACAUCGUCUUUCUAUCUCUCUUGCAGGCCGGAAUCGAUAAAACGAUUGAAAGUUUGAAACCCUCGUGGUUUCUGAUUUAUUAGUACUGGACCUGCAACUUGUUCGUGUUGUUUAUCAAUGGUGAUCGCUUCUGCGACCAUCCGGGCAUCAUGUCUUCCCUCAAAUCGUUGUUGCCUGAUCAAAGAUCCCUCUGCUAGUUCACGAAACUCUUCGGUGCCCUUGUCUUUUGGCAGAAAUUCCUGGAGAACUCCUUGUGGACGCAGAACCAAAGGCCUUAAGUUGCUGCUUGACCCUCUCAGGCUGCAGCGGUCCUCUCUUGCAGCAGUGAAAAAUGACACAAGUGCAGUAUUGGAUGGUAGUAACAAGGAUCAGGUAUCGGUCUUUCAUUCUUCUGAUCAAGCCGAUAUACAUGAAGAACGUACAGAAGUAUCUGGUGAAAGUGCAGGAAGAAAAGAUGGUCCAGAAUGCUUAGAUGAUGGCAGGAUGAUAAGGGUUUGUGAUAAGCUUAUUGAGGUGUUCAUGGUUGACAAACCUGAUCCAACUGAUUGGAGAAGGUUAUUAGCUUUCAGCAAAGAAUGGAGCAAUAUCCGCCAUCAUUUCUAUAGACUGUGUCAGGAGCGAGCAGAUAAUGAAAGUGAUCCUGGUAUGCAACACAAGCUACUUCGGCUUCAAAGGAAGUUGAAAGAGAUUGAUGAUGAUGUGCAAAGACACAAUGAACUUAUUGAAGUUAUUAAGGCAGCACCAUCUGAGAUCAGUGAAGUUGUUGCCAGAAGGCGUAAAGAUUUUACCAAGGAAUUCUUUGUCCAUCUUCACACUGUAGCAGAAUCAUAUUAUGAUGAUCCAGUGGAGCAAAAUGCUUUGGCUAAGCUCGGGAACACAUGCUUGGCUGUGAUACAAGCCUAUGAUACUGCAUCCGAAAGUAUUGAAGCCUUGAAUGCUGCUGAGCUAAAGUUCAAUGAUAUAAUUAAUUCGCCUAGUGUAGAUGCUGCUUGCCGAAAGAUAGACCAUUUGGCUGAGAAAAACCAACUUGAUUCUGCAUUGAUGCUAAUGAUCACCAAAGCCUGGUCUGCUUCCAAGGAGUCAAACAUGAUGAAAGAUGAGGUCAAAGACAUAUUAUAUCACUUGUAUAUGACUGCUCGAGGCAAUCUUCAGAGGCUCAUGCCAAAAGAGAUUAGGAUACUUAAGUAUGUUCUCACAAUUAAGGAUCGUGAGGAGCAGCUCUGUGCCUUAAAAGAUGCAUUCACACCUGGAGAUGAACUUGAAGGGAAGGAUGUAGACUCCCUUUACACAACCCCGGAGAAGUUUUUUACUUGGAUUAGAACGGUGUUGGAUGCAUACCAUUUCAGCAGAGAAGGCACUCUUAUCCGGGAAGCUAGGGAUAUGAUGAAUCCGCAGAUCAUUCAGCAACUAGAGGAGCUGAAGCAACUAGUUCAGAAUAACUUCAUGUGAGGCAGCUAACUUAUCUCAAUUGAAAUAUAACCACCCAAGUCCAUUUUAAAGGAUUUUGAUCUUUUUGGUCUUUAAACAUCAACAGAACUUAGAGCACUUAGUUAAAUUGUGUAGCCUCCUCAUAUACUAGGUGAUCAACAUGAUUUUCUUAAUCUUAAUGUGAGGAUCUUCUUAGAGUUUGUCUUAUAUGCUUGUCAGGCCUGUCUUCUAGUUAUGGCUGAGGCAUUGGUUUUAAAUUAUACCUUUGUAUUUUGAAAACUUAAGUUUGUUCUAUAACCAUCAGUAAACAAACACAGGUCAUGGUCUCUUGUACAAUCAGUCAAAUUGAGUUGAUUUAUUUGUGAAGUUCCUUGGCUGGUGAGUACACAUUGUAUAUUAGAAUUUGUCACAUGUACUGUAUAGUUCAAAAUCAGCAAUGGUUCAUCAUGGCAGCUCCUUUUCUAUUUA